GAAGCCCUUUAAUUCGCGCAUGCGCAGUGGGAGGAGCCUGCGGAAGCACCGGAAAGGUCUUUUUGUUUCUGCCGCUGAAGAGAGUCGAAAUUCAUCUGGACCGCAACCGUUUUUUGACUGCAUUACUUUCGGGUGUCUUUUAUGAGUAAUCAAAAGCAGCAAAAGCCGACGCUCACUGGCCAGCGGUUCAAAACGAGGAAAAGAGAUGAAAAGGAAAGAUUUGACCCUACUCUGUUUCAAGAAAGUAUCGUACAAGGCUUGAAUCAAAGCGGCUCUGAUUUGGAAGCGGUCGCAAAGUUCCUCGAUUCCACUGGCGGAAAGCUCGACUACCGGCGCUAUGCAGAGACGCUCUUCGACAUCCUGGUGGCCGGCGGCAUGCUGGCCCCGGGGGGGACUCUGUCGGACGACAUGACCCGCACCGAGUUCUGCCUCUUCACGGCACCAGAAGACCUGGAGACGAUGCAAGCUUAUGCUCAGGUUUUUAACAAGCUGAUCAGGCGUUACAAGUACCUGGAGAAGGGUUUCGAAGACGAAAUCAAGAAGUUGCUGCUGUUUCUAAAAGGGUUCACCGAGUCUGAGCGCAACAAACUGGCCAUGCUCACCGGCAUCCUGCUGGCCAACGGCAACAUAUCAGCCUCCAUCCUCAACAGCCUCUACAACGAGAACCUCGUCAAAGAGGGAGUGUCUGCGGCCUUUGCUGUCAAGCUCUUCAAGUCCUGGAUCCACGAGAAGGACAUCAACUCCGUGGCCGGCAGCCUCCGCAAAGUCGGCAUGGACAACCGGCUGAUGGAGCUCUUUCCUGCCAACAAGCGGAGCUGCGAGCAUUUCUCCAAGUACUUCACCGACGCCGGGCUGAAGGAGCUGUCCGACUUCGCCCGCAACCAGCAGUCCAUCGGUGCCCGCAAGGAGCUGCAGAAGGAGCUGCAGGAGCAGAUGGCCCGCGGUGACCCUCAGAAGGAGAUCAUUGCCUUCACCAAAGAGGAGAUGAAGAAGGCCAACCUCUCGGAGCAGGCCAUGAUCAACAUCAUCUGGACCAGCGUGAUGAGCUCCGUGGAGUGGAACAAGAAAGAGGAGCUGGUGUGCGAACAAGCCAUCAAACUCUUGAAGCAAUACAGCCUCCUGCUGAAGGCCUUCACCUCCCAGGGUCUCUCCGAGCUCAGCCUGCUGCUGAAGAUCCAGGAGUACUGCUACGACAACAUCCACUUCAUGAAGGCCUUCCAGAAGAUCGUGGUGCUGCUCUACAAAGCCGACGUCCUGAGCGAAGAGGCCAUACUGAAGUGGUACAACGACGCUCACGUCACCAAGGGGAAGAGCGUCUUCCUCGAGCAGAUGAAGAAGUUUGUGGAGUGGCUUAAGAGCGCCGAGGAAGAGUCGGAGUCGGAGGAAGAGGAGACGGACUGAAGCCUCCAGCGAGCUCCUUUCUUUCAAUGGCAGCAGGAGGUGCUUUUCCUUCUUCCUCCCAAACAUUCAACUAAAUAAUAAGUCCUGGUUAGUAAAUCGUCCCAGUGGAAGCAGAAAGAGAUGAAUACAUAACAUUGUUUAAUCUGACGCGUCAUAAGAAUCAAACGUUAGUUUUCUUCUCCCCUCUUGACCUUUUGACCCGGCUCACGCUUUGGCUUCAGCCGGGUCCUAAACUUUGCCUAAUUUCUUGACCUUAAGCCACACCCCCUGUAAACCGCCUCGCCAUUUAUUGGUUUCUACUGACUUUUUUUAAUGAAAAUAAAAAUGAUUCAAAUGCCU